GUAGGGUAAGUAAGGAGGCUCCCCCUUCCCUUUUUCUGCCUUAAGGGGGAUCCUCAUUUGUCUAGUAUUUAUGGACUUCUUACUGUGGACCUGGCAUUGUGUUAGGUGCUGGGGUUGCCCCUGGCACUAAGAUGUGCAUAGUUCUCUCCAGCGGGGAGCUCAUCUCUAGCAGGGGCUGGACCACUAAAAAAGUCAUUGGAAUAAAGUGCCAUGAAUCAUUUGCUCAGAAGAGUGGGAUCGGCAAGGAGAGUAGGAGGAGGUUCCAGGACAAGGCAAUUGCAUUUAAGGGCCGUGAGCUGCAAGGAAGCAGGGUGUGGUCAAAGAAGGGAACACAGGGGAUGGGGCUGGAACUGAGAGAGCCAGGGGAGAGCCGUGCAGGACGGGACUGGACAGGUGGGCUGGACGUGGUCAUGAAGGACCUUGUAAGUCACCCCAGGGACUUCAUGCUAAGGAUGGUGGGGAGCCAUGGAAGGGUUUCAACAGGUGAGGCUCAAUUUGCCUUUCUCCCUCUCAGGAGCGCAACAGUAGGCUAUCGGACAGAAGGGGGCAGUGGCAUUGAGAGAUCUCCAGACCAGGCAGGGCCAUGAAUCCAGGGGCUAGUCUGGUCCUCCGUGAAGACACAAAGAUGAUACCCACUCUCAACUCCACUGAGGCCCCUGGUUUAGGCUCUGGCACCAUCUCUGGGCCCAACCUAGAUACAGACCUUGUUCCUGUCUUGAAUCCACCCCUGGGUCCUGGCUUGGUUCUUGUUCCAGACCUUAAUCCAGCUCUGAGUCCUGUCUCAGAGGAGGCCCCUGGCCUGGCAUCUGAUAACACCCCCAGACCUGAUGACAGCAGGGCCGCAGCUCCAGCCUCCCUCCAGAUCACCACUGCCCACUCUGGUGAAGCCUUGGGUUUGGAUUCCAAUCACAUCUCGACAGCUGACUCACAGGGGGCCCUAAGUCCAGCCUCAAACCUCGUUCUGAGCCCUGGCUCUACGGAAGCCCAGGGUCGGAGCUUGGGGAACCACUCUGGGCCAAAUUCUGAGGAGGCCUUCAGCUCCCUCCCAAGCAAGAUUUUUGAUUUGGGUCAGAGUAACUCCAAUCCUUCCAGGCCUGAAUCAAACCCAUUUAAAAGGCCUUAUUCAAAAGAAACCCUUGUUCUGGGCCAAAGCAUCUCCAGGCCGGGCUCAAAAUCUCUCCUUACUCCAGCCCCAAACUCUUCUCUCGAUCCUGAUUCCAAUCAGCUGCUCAGUGUGAGCUCAGGAAACACCUCCAAGCUGGACCUGAAUGCAGCUCCAAGUUCUCCUGGGUCCCUAAUGCCAGACAUGAACGAGACCAUCACUUUGGUUUCACAUAACAUCUCUGGAUCUGUUUCAAAAAGAACCUUUGGUGCAGCCUGAAACACGAGUUCCAAUGGAACCAUCAACAUGGCUUCAAAUGACAAUCCCAAGUCUGAUUUGAACAUGACUGUCACUCAGGCCUCAUGCUUGACCCUGGUUCCUGGUUCCAGCGAGGCUAUCAGCCUGCGCUCCAGCACCCAGGCACCCAACUCCACCCCUUCUCCACCCUCGUGCAUGACCCCGAUCCUGGGCUCCAUUGAGACUCUGAGCCUGGUUUCCAGCCUCAUUGUCAGUGACACCUCCACCCUGACACCGAGCAGCCAGCAGGACUGUUCCAAGGACAACAGCAUCCACACAGUGCCCCUGGAGGGGAAUCCGGGGAGCUGGAGCAAGAUGACUAGUGUCGAGGUGGGCAAGUUCCCAUUGGGGUUCCCCACCAGUGACACCAUGAACAAGGACUCCACAGCCUUCCAGAGCAUCCCUCAGGGAGCCUUCGAUGAAGUAGGCUCAUGUCUGGUGAAGGUGCCAGGGCAGAGAGAGGAUGGCAACAAAAUAACUCUGCUCGAGAGUGCCCUCAACCUCCAGAAGAGCCGGGAUGUGCUGGACGUGGAAGAAGAGAAGAAGACCACGAUGAAGGAGAUGAUGAAGCAGAUCCAGGAGGAGCCGCUGGAUUCUCUCUUGAGUUCUGUCCGCCAGCAAGUCAUGGAGACCCUGACCCAGCUGAGUCAUUCCCAGCUUAUCCUGGGCGUGCGGGAAUGGUCGGAGCUGGUGAACACGUGCGUGAAGAGUGUGUUCUCCCUGCCCUCCGUGCAGGCCAUGCAGGAGAGGGAUGAGGACAAGGCUAAGGUCAUACAGACACUUUACCAUCAGACCUUGGAUGCUCUGCAGACACUUCUCAAUGCCCUCUUUGUUGAGGACCCCACUCCUGCCGGGCUGAAGAGCUUGUAGCUUUGAGUCUUGCCCUUUUCCCCACAGCCUCUGGGGCCCUGGAUGAACUCUGGGAAGGCCCAUGAGAGAGCACGGGCUGUGAAAAGCAAUGUCUCUGUGUCGAACCACACGCUUAUGACCCUGCCUUUGUUUAUGUCCUCGGGGUUCCCGGCACUGGGGCUUCUGCUGGGGAGGCUUGUCAUUCGCGUCGGGGAUCCUGAUGAGGAGAUUAGCCAGGAGGCUCUGGACGGCAUCACCAUCCUCUACACCAUCUUGGAGCUUCAAAAACGAGCCAGAGAUAAGGAAGCGACCAAUAAAAAGGAGCUGUAUGAGAGCAACAAGCGUUUCCUGGGCCCCUACAACCUUGUCAGCCCGUGCCAGAACAUUCUGCGUGUUAUCGUGGAAUUUGGAGACUUCCUGGGGCCCCAACAGGUAAAGGACCUGAUGCUAGCAGCCCUGGAAGGGCUGAAAGGUGGCUCAGAGGCUUGGGGCAAGGACUCGGGGGAAAUGAUGCAGCUGGCCUCGGAGGUCACAGUCAGCUCGGUGCUGGAGCGGUACCCACCCAGGGCACUGGAGGUGAUUCCAGAAAUCAUGCAGGGCAUCUAUGUGCACCUGAGCCAGGGCCCGAGAGGUGGCCCUGUUGCCCGUCUCCUGGCCAGCUCCUUCAUGAACAAGGUCGUCGUGGCCCUGCUCAUGUGUCCCCUCCCACUGGACAGCAAUGGAGCAGAGAUGUGGAGGCAGCUGAUACUGCGCAAGCCCAGCUGUGACGUCCGAGAUCUCCUGGAUCUGCUCCUGACCAGCCUGAAGGAAAAGCCUGUCACCAAGAAGGGCCGGGCCUCCAUCGUGCCCCUAGCAGCAGUCAGAGGCCUCUGUGAGCUCCUGUCCGUCAACAUCUGCAUGGGCCGCGUGAGGCGCGUCUACCCCCAGCUUCUCCUGGCCCUGCUCAUUCAGGUCCAUUAUCACAUCGGCCUCAACCUGCCUGGCCGCGUGGUUUCCCUCAAGGAUGCCAAGAAAGACGGACAGCCCUCUGGUUUCGUGCCCGUACACUGGGUGGUCAAAGUGGUGAAAAUCCUUCUGCUGAAGAUGGGCUGCCCAUACGAGGUUACCUUUCUGGAGGACCAGGGCGGCUGGGAGCUCAUGGGGCAGGCGGAGAACCACCACCGUGGAGUGUCCCUGCUGGCCAGGGCCAUGGUCCACUACUCCUGCCAGGAGCUGUGCCACAUCCUCUACCUGCUCAUCCCACUCCUGGAGCGAGGCAACGAGAAGCACAUGAUCACCACCACUGCCUUCUUCGUGGAGCUCCUUCAGAUGGAAGAGGUGCGACGGAUGCCUGAGGAAUACUCUCUGGGGCGGAUGGCAGAAGGCCUGAGCCACCGGGACCCCAUCAUGAAGGCGCUGUCCAUCAGAGGCUUGGUCAUCCUGGCCCUAAGGACUGAGAAGACCACCAAGGUGCAGGCCCUCCUGCCCUCCAUGGUGAAGGGUCUGAAGAGUAUGGAUGGGCUGCUGGUGGUGGAAGCGGUCCACAACAUCAAGAUCACCUUCAAGGGGCAGGACCGGAAGCUGAUGGACAGCUCGGUCUAUGUGGAGAUGCUGCAGAUCCUGCUGCCACACUUCAGUGAUUCACGAGAGGACGUGCGCACCUCCUGCAUCAACCUGUACGGCAAGGUGGUCCAGAAGCUGCGGUCGCCUCGCACCCCGGCCAUGGAGGAGCAGCUGAUCAGCACCUUGGUGCCCCUGCUGCUGACCAUACAAGAGGGCAAUGCCAAGGUGAGCCAGAAAUGUGUGAAGACCCUGUUCCACUGUUCUUGCUUCAUGGCUUGGGAAUUGCCAAAAAGAGCUUACAGUCGGAAGCCCUGGGACGACCAGCAUCAGAAGGUGGACAAAAUUUGCAAGUACCUUGUGGACACCCAUCGAGACAGUGCCUUCGCGUUCCUCAGCCAGAGCCUGGAGUACACCAAGAGCUCCAGGGCCUCCCUCCGGAAGUCCUCGGUCAUGUCCAUAGGGUCCCUGGUCCCCUGCAUGGAGAGCAUCAUGACGGAAGAUCAUCUGAAUGAAGUUAAAGCCGCUCUGGAAAACUUGAGACACGACCCAGAAGCAUCAGUGUGCAUCUACGCGGCCCAGGCCCAGAACAACAUCCUGGCCAGCUGCUGGCGGAACUCUUGGCCACUGCCAUGUGGGAACUCUUGGGUGUGUGACCCAGCUACCACGCGCCGCUGGAGCCCUGGCUGUGAGAACCUGCCCACUUCCCACCAGCGGCGCUCCUGGAUCAUGCAGGCACUGGGUUCCUUGAAGAUGUCCUUGAAGCAGUGAUACCCCUGAGCCCCCAGCCCUCCUCGGAGGUGGCCGUGGCCCCAGCCAUGCUCACUGUA